CAGUCAGUGUUACUUGUGACGGGCAGAAAUGCACUAGGUUUUGGGUCAUAUUAUAUUUUUCUAGAUUCGUAGAAAAGUGUUGGCAUUCCUGAGAAAUGUAAUAAAAGUGAUCAACAAUCUCGGAUUUGCAGAAACAAUACAAAAUACAAUGCAGUUCAUCAAUAAAAGUUUUAUUUUGAUCGUGUAGGGCCGACGAAAUAAUGAGUGCGAUUCCAUUGGGAUUUUAAUAAAGUGAUGGUGAAUGUGAAUAUAGUGUUGUUGAAGGCUCAUAAGAGCUUUUUCGUGUAAAACUGAUGCUAAUUUGACGUAAUUUGUGAUGAUGCCCACAUUGCCCAGCUUUAUCACAGUUUCUGAUUUUGUUCAAGAGACCCGAGAUGAUUAUAAUUCACCCAUUACCUCAACAUUCGUCUCCAAAAUGCAUCAAUGUAGGAAUACCAUUACAACAUUGGAAGAGACAUUGGACUACGACCGAGAUGGGCUGACUAAAAUGAAAAAGGCCAUAAAGGCCAUCCACACCUCAGGAAACUGCCAUGUAGACAAUGAGUCUUACUUAGUAAAGGCCUUAGAAAAGAUCGGCCAAAAUGCUAUGUCCAAGGAGCACGAAGAAAUCAUCGGCAACGCUUUUCUAAAAUUCGCAGUCGUCACCCAAGAACUAUCGGCUUUAAUGAAAACCCUCAUGCAGAACCUAAACAAUAUAGUGAUGUUUCCCCUAGAUAGCCUACUCAAAGGAGACCUAAGAGGUGUGAAAGGUGACCUAAAACGACCGUUCGAUAAGGCCUGGAAGGACUACGAAAACAAGUAUGCGAAGAUAGAGAAGGAGAAGAAACAGCAAGCCAAAGAUGCGGGGUUAAUUAGGUCGGAAGUUACUGCUCCCGAAAUCGCAGAUGAAAUGGAGAAGGAGAGGAGGUUAUUCCAAUUACAAAUGUGUGAAUACCUAAUUAAAUAUAAUGAAAUUAAAACAAAAAAGGGUAUAGACCUCCUUCAAAGUCUGGUGGAAUAUUAUCAUGCUCAAACUAAUUAUUUUCAAGAUGGACUGAAGACAAUAGAACAUUUCGGUAAUUAUGUAGCAGAUUUAAGUAUUAGGUUACAAAAAAUUAGACAAGCUCAAGAUGAUGAAAAGAGAAAACUAUGUGAUCUUAGAAAUUUGAUAAAAUCAACCCCUAGUAUCGAAAAAGAGGUUGGUCCUCAAGUAGAUAAGGGCGCAGCGGGGUACUCUUUACACCAGCUUCAAGGAGAUAAACACCAUGGGGUUACCAGAACAGGCCAUUUACUUAAAAAAUCAGAAGGGAAAAUGAGGCGAGUGUGGCAAAAACGGAAGUGUAGGGUACAAGCUGAAGGAUAUUUAGAAAUAUGUCACGCAGACGAAAGUAAACCACCGACUAGGGUGAAUCUACUUACUUGUCAAAUCAAAAUGGUCCCUGAUGAUAAAAGAGGCUUCGAUUUGAUAUCAUAUAAUAGAACGUACCACUUUCAAGCGGAAGAUGAAACUGACCAGAGAGCGUGGAUGUCAGUUUUAGUAAACUGUAAAGAGAUGGCACUAAUGAAAGCUUUCGACGACAGCAGUAAGACUGGUAGUGAUAAAGUUAAUCAUAGUUUUAUGGAGCUUCAACAGGCAAUCAUAAAGUAUAUACAAAAAAUACCCGGAAACGAUAGGUGUUGUGAUUGUAACUCUCAAAAUGAUGCAACGUGGCUAUCAACGAAUUUUGGAAUCAUAGUGUGUAUUGAGUGUUCAGGUAUUCACAGGGAUUUAGGAGUUCAUAUAAGCAGAAUACAAUCAUUAACUUUAGAUAAUGUUGGUACUAGUCAGUUAGUCCUUGCCAGAUUUAUGACAAAUAAUAUUUUUAAUGAUAUUAUGGAGGCCCAGCUAUCACCCAGUGAGAAGUUAGUCAAAUCAAGUUCAAUGGAAGAAAGGCUUAAUUUUAUUAGAGCAAAGUAUGUAGAUAAGAGGUACGCUUUGAGAACUUGCGAAACUGAAAGGGAGAAAAUGUAUGAAUUAGAAGAAGCCGUAAAUAGAGGUGACUUACAACUGCUGCUGCAGAUUUUCGCAGAAAAUGUAGAAUUUGCAACUCCUUUGCCCUCAUCGAAAAUUGGCGAGACGGCACUCCACAGAGCGAUACUGAACGAGUCUGGCCGAACUCUUCACAUCGUUGAUUUUCUAAUCCAGAACAUGUCGUGUUCAGCCAUAGAUAAACCCACUAGUCCCCCGGCCGUUCCAGAAAUGAGUGGCUCCAACACAGCCUUGCAUCUUUGUGCAUUAUACGAUAAAGUUGAAUGUAUGAAGCUUUUGCUAAGGAGCGGAGCAGAUGCUGGUCUACGGAAUUCUCAGAAUAAAACUGCGAUGGAUAUAGCUCAAGAAAUGGGAAACAACACUUGUCAUGAGCUGUUACAAAACGCUGCUAAUCGAUUAAAAAAUUAUUUCGAUAAUAUUAAUAUCGAUUGGAACUUGCUGCAUGAUGAUGGAUCCACGGAUUUCUCUGAUGAUGAAACUAUCAUUGAAGACCGAAACGGAUCUCCAACGCCUGAGAAGAAGAAUCGUUCAAGGCCUCCGAGUUAUACAGGUGGGGACUCUCCCAUUAUUUUACGUUCUCGCUCAUCAACUUGCGAUAGUUUACAACUAGGAUCUAGUUUUAAUCUUAUUAACAGACAAAUGCCUCAUCCCUCUUCCACACAGUCAAAAAAACCAGCUAUGGCCCACUUGAAGAAACGUACAGCACCUCUGCCUCCUCCUAACUGUUCUAUUCAGUACGGAACGCUACCAAGUAGCCACAGUAGGACUCCUUCUGAUCCCAUCGCUGCUGGCUACCACACCCUAAGUCAUACCCACAAGCGAUCACCAAGCAGUGAUAGCAGUUCCGGUAGAUCUGUGAUACCCAAUGUACACAAACUAGGCAUGCCAGAUAAGAAUUCGGAUAAAUUCGGCGUACGAAGGCCUCAGAACCCUCCUCCUCCUGCGCCCAAUCCAUCUUCCAGUAGACUUUCCAACGGUAGAUCAACUGAGAGUAUAUCGUCGAUGGUUUCGGAUGUCGAUGUUUCUGGAAUGAUCCAUAACCCCGUGCCACCCCCUAGAAGGAAACGCAAGUGUCAUGUGGAAAAUCUUACUGAAGAUAAUGAUGUAUCUAGUCUGGCAUCUGAUUCUCCACCGCAUAGAAUUUCAUCUAGUCCAAUAUCAACCACCUCCUUGUGCUCGCCCAGGUCCAUUCCCAGCGGGAGACUGUCGUACGCUUCAAAUGGCAACACUGGACUCCGAAGAUGCAAAGCUUUGUACGACUGCGCAGCUGAUAAUGAUGAUGAACUGUCGUUCCAUGAAGGGGAAAUAAUAAUAGUCAUCAAUGAGCACACAGACGAUGAUAACUGGAUGGAAGGAAUGGUGGAAAAUGAACCAGAUAGAACAGGAAUGUUUCCUAUCAGCUUCGUACACAUGCUGCCCGAUUAAUAUAUAAUCAAUGUAAUAAUGUAUUAAAUAUAUUCUUGAUGUAAAUGGUCUAUAGCGAGGAGAAUAUCCUAUAUUCUGAUAAAUGGAUCGUCUUUUUGAAAAUUUUCCCCAGAAUGUUGGAAAGGGAAAAUCGAUUGGAUACGCGAUGUGCGAAGACACCAAGCGACGUUGCCAGACCAACUUACCUCGCAACAAGCGUUGUUUAAUACACAUCAACUUGACGUUUCCAAAAUAAGACAGAAGUUGACAUUCAGUUCAAACAAGACAUCCACUUGUCAGAGCUUUUUCAGCUGUAUUUUAUUCGUAGUCAUGUAGAAUUUGGCUGACUUGUGCCAAAUAAUGAAUUACAGGGCGGUUAUUUUACGAUUUAUUUAUUAAUCAGCUUCGUAUUCACCUCGUCUGCUUCUAAAUAUUUAUUUAACUGCUGCGUGAGGUAUGUAAAUGUAAACAGAGCUUAUGAAGUACCUGUCAGUUUCUUUUCUGUUUUAAAAACAUCGUUCUGAAACUAUUUUCUUGUGACAUUUUUAUCAUUUAGGGUAUUUAACGCGAAUCUACCAAUUAAUACAUUUAUUUUGACUUUUCGAUUUAUAAAGUGGAAUUCCAAACGUCGAAAUAAACCUAUUUUCAAUUAUAAUUGUGGUUAAUUCCCGUUAAAUACAGUAAACAACAUUGCUGAUGCCGUAUAAUCUUGAUAUAUUUUGAUGAUUCCUACAUAAAUUUAAUAUUUAUCCAUAAUUUGUAGGUUUUAUAUUAAAUUUGGAACUUUUUUGAGGAUAUACAACCAAUUACAUCGCAGCUUAUCUUCUUGUUUAGUUCUGGUUUGUCUUUAAUAUCAUGCAGGCGUAUCUGCCUCCAAGAACUGUAGAGGGUGUUUCAUUAAGAAUUAUCCAUAUAGUAACUGGAGAAACCUUAGUACAAAAUAGGAAGAUUGAACCCAAAACACUUAAAUAAAAUAUUUCUCCUUACCGAGAUACAAAGUGUUUUAUUACAAAUAUUCUAAAAUGAUUUUAGCCCAUUGUUUUAACACCUUCCAAUAUUUUUUGUUCAACCUUGACAAACAGUUUACACAUGUUAGGAUACUUUAACUAAUGUUAAAAGAUAGUUUUCCGUUGUUGCCAGAGGCGUGCUGUAGGAGUUUAAUAUAUACUUUCCUUUUCCCCUCACAAUCUACGCCACUGUCGAAAAAAUCAAUUCAGCAUGUUUUUUUGAUUCUUCGUCACUUUUUACGUAAAUAUCAUCCGUGUGUCUCAAUGCGAUAUAGUAAGUAGUUUUCAAGUUAUUUGCGUUUAAAGGUAAAUGGAUUCAAUAAGAUUAUAUAUUUUAAACUCAUAAUCUUAUUUAAUGUUGUUUAAAAUACAUAAUCUUAUUGAAUCCAGUAUCUUUAAACGCAAAUAACUUGAAAACUAUUUACCCUGUCUCAUUGAGACAAAAAAAUGAUAUUUACGUAAAAAUUAACGAAGAAUCAAAGAAAUAUGCUGGAAUGAUUAUUAUGAUAGUGGCGUAAAUUGUGAGGAGGGUGAGGGAGAAAAAGGAAGUACAUAUUUCUACAGCACGCCUCUGGUAACAACGGAGAACUAUUUUUUAACACUAGUUAAAGUAUCCUAUAAUGUGUAAACUGUUUGCCAAGUUUGAACAAAAAAUAUUGGAAGGUGUUAAAACAAUGGGCUAAAAUCAGUUUAGAAUAUUUUUAAUAAAACACUUUAUCUCGGUAGUGAGGAAUAUAGUACAUAUUUCAGGUUAAAUCUUCGUAUUUUGUGCUAAGGUUUUUCUAUUUGCUAUAUGGACAAUUCUUAAUGAGGCACCCUGUGUACAGCCGACUACAGGAAAUUAAUUUCCUUGUGGAUUUUGUAACUAUUAUGUCUUUAUUUUCACACGUGAAGGAAAAUGAUACCAAAUUAAAUGCAUGGAUUUCUCUUCGAAUAAACAAUUAUGGUCCCUAUAUCUACAUUAUUUCUGUACAAUUUUUAAUGCUAUGUUGCAAAUUUUGCAACAUUAGAAACCUGAUUUUCACAUUCCACACUGUACAUAAUGUCUAUUUUGCGUUUGAAAUAAUCGCCCUGUAGAGUAAUUUGUAAGUAGAGCAUAUUGUGAGCUGUGAUUAAUGUUAGAAUAAUUUCCGAAGAAUAAUUCUACCUAAUGAUGUCUUAAACCGUAUUCUAAGUAUAAAAAUAUUUCAGCAAAGGAUAUUUGCGAGGAAAGGGAAAGGGAGAACAAAUUGUCAGCGAGUUUUGAAUUUUUUAGUUAGUAUAGCAACACUCAAAGUUCGCUUGGCUUCUUGUUUUUAAUCUUUUUUGUCUGCAUUUGGAAACGUCCAAAGUCAUUUCCGCCCAUUAUAGAUUAUAUAUUUCAUUUAUAUUAUUGUCCUAACGUAGUCGCUGUUGACUGUUUUCGUAGCGCAACAAGACAACUCGUAACGCGACAGUUUGUAACGCCGUCGAUUCGUAACGGCGAUACCUCGUAACGGCAACAGCUCGUAACUAUACCUGUUCGUAACGGUGUAAUUCGUAACACCAACAUUUAUUAAUGAUUAUAAUAAAUACAUUAUUAUUAAACUGGUUUUUAUCUGUUUCAAUUCUGGAUAAUUCAAGAUAAAAAUUUUUAAAAAUGGUUUAGUUGUCAUAUUAACAAAUAUACGUGUGAAAUAUAUUUAAAAAGAAGCGGUCUUAAAAAAAUUAAUUGGCGUUACAAAUUGUGGCGUUACGAAAUAUACCGUUACGAAUAGGUAUAGUUACGAAUUAUCCAUUAACAUUUACCAUUUGUGGGGUUACGAACUGUCGUGUUACGAGAUGUCAUGGAACCGUUUUCGUAGACAGUUCGGGUGUCAUUUAAAUUACAUGUGGUACGCAGUACGCAUCCAGAGUUUCAAAACUUUAUUAGGGAAUCAGUUUUUAUCAGUAUUAACUAAAUAUAAAAGUGCUAAGCAUUUGGUAUUUUUCAACAUGGCAGUUAUUUUUGAUUAAUUAAUUUUUGAUUUAUUUUGCACAGUAUUAAUAUAGCUGGAUCAUUUAUUAUAAUUUUUUUUAUAAUAUUGAUGACGUUAUAUAAAUAUUUUAUCCAAAACCACUUAAAUUCGGCUUUUUUCUUAUUUUAUCGCUAUAUGGUUCUAAAGCAGUUUUUCUAAAAUAAGUAGAAAAAAGAAUACAAACUAAUACUCAUCUCAUGUUUUAAUCAUAAGCGGACGUUGUAUUACACAUUUUAAAAUGAAAUAUUUAAAAAUGGUGUCAGCAUUUUUGUGCUCUUCUGGAACUACUUUAUUUAAGACUUUCCUUUACAUGAUUUAGAUCUUAUAGCCAGAUUUUACACAAACCUUUCAGGUCUUGGACAUGCGAUUUAGGAAUAAUGCUAGGUGAUAGGGACACUCAUGCAGUCUUUUUUCUUUUGUUCUUCCAGUAUAUUUUGUUCAUUUUGAUCCCCUGGAACUACUUUUUUAAAAAGAGUUUUCUUUGCAUGAUUUAAAUCAUUUAGUCAAAUUCUUCAGAAACCUUUCAUUUGUAUGGUAUUUAGUCAUGAUGCUAGGUGAUUUAGACAGUCCUGUAGUCUUUUUUCUUGUUGUACCAGUAUAUUUUUUUCAUUUUAGGCCACUGGAACUACUUUUUUAAAGAGCUUUCUCUGCAUGAUUUAAAUCACUCAGCCAAAUUCUUCACAAACGUUUCAGGACUUUUAUGCUAUUUAGACAUGAUGCUAGGUGGUUUGAAUAGUCGUGUAGUCUUUUUUAUUGUUGUACCAGUACAUUUUGUGUAUUUUAAGUCCAUGGAACUACCUUUUUAAAAAGACUUCUCUGCAUGACUUAGAUUACUUGGGCCAAAUUCUUCACAAACGUUUCAGGUCUUGUACGCUGUUUAGGCAUGAUACUAGGUGAUUUGGAUAGUACUGUAGUCUUUUUUCUUGUUGUACCAGUACAAUUUAUUUAUAUGACGCUCCUGGAUUUACUUUUUAAAAAGAGUUUUGGCUGUAUGAGUCAGAUCACUCAGUCAAAUUCUUCACAAACGUUUCAAGUUUUGUAUGCUAUUUAGGCAUGCUACUAGGUGAUUUGGACAGUCCUGUAGUCUUUUUUCUUGUUGUACCAGUAUAUUUUUUUCAUUUUCGGCCACUGGAACUACUUUUUUUAAAGAGCCUUUCUCUGCAUGAUUUAAAUCACUUAGCCAAAUUCUUCACAAAUGUUUCAGGACUUUUAUGCUAUUUAGACAUGAUGCUAGGUGGUUUGAAUAGUCGUGUAGUCUUUUUUAUUGUUGUACCAGUACAUUUUGUUUAUUUUAAGUCCAUGGAACUACUUUUUUAAAAAGACUUCUCUGCAUGACUUAGAUUUCUUAGGCCAAAUUCUUCACAAACGUUUCAGGUCUUGUACGCUGUUUAGGCAUGAUGCUAGGUGAUUUGGAUAGUACUGUAGUCUUUUUUCUUGUUGUACCAGUAAAAUUUAUUUAUAUGACGCUCCUGGAUUUACUUUUUAAAAAGAGUUUUGGCUGUAUGAGUCAGAUCACUCAGUCAAAUUCUUCACAAACGUUUCAAGUUUUGUUUGCUAUUUAGGCAUGCUACUAGGUGAUUUGGACAGUCCUGUAGUCUUUUUUCUUGUUGUACCAGUAUAUUUUUUUCAUUUUCGGCCACUGGAACUACUUUUUUUAAAGAGUUUUCUGUGCAUGAUUUAAAUCACUUAGCCAAAUUCUUCACAAACGUUUCAGGACUUUUAUGCUAUUUAGGCAUGAUGCUAGGUGCUUUGAACAGUCCUGUAGUCUUUUUUAUUGUUGUACCAGUACAUUUUGUGUAUUUUAAGUCCAUGGAACUACCUUUUUAAAAAGACUUCUCUGCAUGACUUAGAUUACUUGGGCCAAAUUCUUCACAAACGUUUCAGGUCUUGUACGCUGUUUAGGCAUGAUGCUAGGUGAUUUGGAUAGUACUGCAGUCUUUUUUCUUGUUGUACCAGUACAAUUUAUUUAUAUGACGCUCCUGGAUUUACUUUUUAAAAAGAGUUUUGGCUGUAUGAGUCAGAUCACUCAGUCAAAUUCUUCACAAACGUUUCAAGUUUUGUAUGCUAUUUAGGCAUGAUACUAGGUGAUUUGGACAGUCCUGUAGUCUUUUUUCUUGUUGUACCAAUACAUUUCUUUCAUUUUAGGCCACUGGAACUACUUUUUUUAAAGAGUUUUCUCUGCAUGAUUUAAAUCACUUGGACCAAAUUCUUCACAAACGUUUCAGGUCUUGUAUGCUGUUUAGGCAUGAUGCUAGGUGAUUUGGAUAGUACUGUAGUCUUUUUUCUUGUUGUACCAGUACAAUUUAUUUAUAUGACGCUCCUGGAUUUACUUUUUAAAAAGAGUUUUGGCUGUGUGAGUCAGAUCACUCAGUCAAAUUCUUCACAAACGUUUCAAGUUUUGUAUGCUAUUUAGGCAUGAUACUAGGUGAUUUGGACAGUCCUAUAGUCUUUUUUUCUUGUUGUACCAAUACAUUUCUUUCAUUUUAGGCCACUGGAACUACUUUUUUUAAAGAGUUUUCUCUACAUGAUUUAAAUCACUUAGACCAAAUUCUUCACAAACGUUUCAGGUCUUGUAUGCUGUUUUGGCAUGAUGCUAGGUGAUUUGGAUAGUACUGUAGUCUUUUUUUCUUGUUGUACCAGUACAAUUUAUUUAUAUGAAACUCCUGGAUCUACUUUUUAAAAAGGGUUUUGGCUGUAUGAGUUAGAUCACUCAGUCAAAUUCUUCACAAUCGUUUCAAGUUUUGUAUGCUCUUUAGACAUGAUACUAGGUGAUUUGGACAGUCCUGUAGUCUUUUUUUUUCUUGUUGUUCCAGUACAUUUUUUUUAUUUUAGGCCACUGGAACUAUUUUUGAAGAGUUUUCUCUGCAUGAUUUAAAUCACUUGGACCAAAUUCUUCACAAACGUUUCAGGUCUUGUAUGCUGUUUAGGCAUGAUGCUAGGUGAUUUGGAUAGUACUGUAGUCUUUUUUCUUGUUGUACCAAUACAAUUUAUUUAUAUGAAGCUCCUGGAUCUACUUUUUAAAAAGGGUUUUGUCUGUAUGAGUUAGAUCACUCAGUCAAAUUCUUCACAAACGUUUCAAGUUUUGUAUGCUAUUUAGACAUGAUACUAGGUGAUUUGGACAGUCCUGUAGUCUUUUUUUCUUGUUCCAGUACAUUUUUUUUAUUUUAGGCCACUGGAACUACUUUUUUUGAAGAGUUUUCUCUGCAUGAUUUAAAUCACUUGGACCAAAUUCUUCACAAACGUUUCAGGUCUUGUAUGCUGUUUAGGCAUGAUGCUAGGUGAUUUGGAUAGUACUGUAGUCUUUUUUCUUGUUGUACCAAUACAAUUUAUUUAUAUGAAGCUCCUGGAUCUACUUUUAAAAAAGGGUUUUGUCUGUAUGAGUUAGAUCACUCAGUCAAAUUCUUCACAAACGUUUCAAGUUUUGUAUGCUAUUUAGGCAUGAUAGUAGGUUAUUUGGACAGUCCUGUAGUCUUUUUUCUCGUUGUACUAUUACAUUUUCUUCAUUUUAAGCUCCUGGGAAUACUUUUUUAAAGUAAUUUUCUCCGUUUGAUUUAGAUCACUCGGUCCUAUUCUUCUUCUGAUCUUGUAUGUUAUUCAGACUCAAUGCUAUUUCAUAUCGCUUGAUCUUAUUCUUCUUCUGGUCCUGUAGGUUAUUUAGACUCGAUGCUAUGUCGUUUGGACAAUCCUGUAGUCUUCUUUUUUGUUGUACCAGUAUAUUUUCUUCAUGUUAAGCUCCUAAGAGACCAGCUUCUAAGAGAUUAAAGAGCUGUUUUGUUUAGAUCAUUUGGUCAUAUUCUUCUUAAACUAUUCACGUCCACUAUGGCAUUUAGUCUGGAUAGGUACUGUCAUUGAGACAAUCCUGUUGCCUUCUUUCUUGUACUAGUAAAUUCUCUUCAUUUUAAGCCACUGGGACUACUUUUUUAAAGAGUUUCUUCUGAUUUAGAUCACUAACUGGCUGAUCUGUAACAUUUCAUUAUGCCAAAUUGUAUGAAAAAUCUGAGAUACCGCAAAGAAUCAGUAUUAUUGAAGAAAUUUUGUAGAAACUUUGGUGCGUACUGUAUAUCACAACCUUUGUGCUAGAGUGUCUUCAUUAAAUUAUAGCAACAUUAUAAAAAAAAGAAAUAGGAGAAUGUUAUAUCGAUGUCUGGAAUAUGAAUGUACCCUUAAUACUUAUGAAUUUUUAAUAUUAAAGUACGCAUUUUAAAUAAAAAAAAAAUGUGUAAGCAGUUUACCAAUGAUACCAAGAAUUAUGUAAAUGUAAUUAAUUUUUAAUUUUAUUUGUAUAUAAUUGUAUAUUUUUUCAGUGUAAUUUAUUUUAGUGUGUAGUGGAGAAGUAAAAACGCUUUCAAAAAGGUCUUUUACCUCUGCUUUAAUUUUUUUUAAAUAAGUUUUGAUUUAGAAUGAAUUUUACCUGUGCUUUGUCUUGUGCUGAUUGUGGAGUUGAGUUCUACUUUUCAAUUGAGUUCCUCUUAAUAUAUCCCUACAUAUAUUUUGUAAUCUUGUAAGUAGACGUACUAUACCAUAAAUUCUAAAUUAAGGUAAUAAUCAUAUUUCUAUUGCAAUAUAAUGAUUUAAAUCUUUAGGAUUACAAUUUAGUUAGAUGUAGAGAUAAUAUUUAGAAGGUGUUAAAUUUUAUAGGAGAAAAAGUAAAAGAGAAGUUACGAUUUCGAAUCAGCACACUGAAAGGCAAAGGCAGUAUUUCUGGCCAGUAUAUUUUUGUGUAAUGCAGGUCAGACUCAACUACAAUAUGAUUUUUGAUGUCUGUCUGAGAAACAGACAUUUUUGAAUGUGAUUUUUGAACAUUUUCCACUAUAUCCUGAUUAAUACAGAGUGGACCAGAAGUUUGGAAACACCCAAUUAUCUCUUCAAUGUAUGGUCCGAAUUAUACAAAAACAAGGAUACACCUAUUUUGCAUUGUGAAUAUUUGAAAUUUGAUUGCUGUAACGUUGCCAGGUUUACCAUGUUAUUGAUAUCAUUAGUCACUUUGGUUUUUUAAAAACAACACCCUGUAUAUUGUAAUUGUGUAUUGAAAUCUCCACUGCAAUAUCAGUUCAACCGUACACAAUACUUUCGAUUCUAUGUAGUCAGGAACAUCUUAAAAAGAUAAAACAAAACCGUAGAAAUGUCUUAUCGCCUCAAUAAUUUUUUUGAUUCAACUUAAAAUUAUACUACAUUGCUAAAUUAAUGUCUACCUAAUCAAAUGUUCAAGAUGUCCUUCGUUUUUAAUUUGAUAGUAUCCUAAACAAUGGUAGAAUGCGCCUAUUACAUUUCUUCAUGUUUCUCUAGAAAUUAAUAUGGAUUCAUCGAUAAUUCUUUGCCUUACUCUGCUACACUUGCUGGUUUAGUUUUAUAAUUCUGGUUUUCAAUUAUCCCCAUUAAAAAUAAUUUUUAGUUUUCAAAUCGGGUGAACGAGGAGGUCACUCAAUACUACCUAAUCAAACUUGUUUUUCAGGGCAGGUACAAUUUCAUUUCUAAGUAGAAUUUCAUAUUUAUCGCUUGUUAAAUUGCUUUCUAUAAAAAUCGGCCCAAUUAAUUGAGUACCCGCUAUACUCAUCCAUACAUUUAGUUUUGGUGGUCUUUGACUAUAGUUUGCACGUAUCUAGUGUGGAUUUACCUCACUCCAAUACCAUACAUUUUGGCGAUUUACAUUCCUACACAGUGUAUACAGGGUGUCCCCGAAAAUAGUGCGUUCCUUUAAGGUAUGGAUAUAAUACACAAUUUAGAACAAAAAUGUCCUAUAACAUUUUUUUCUAAAGUUAUUACAUUGGUCUCCAUAUAAGUGACUUUUUAUUUUCAUAAAUUUGAAUGACAUGGCAACGUAGCCUAGGAGAACUUGCUGUGACUGUGAAAAUUUAACGUAAUAACCCCUUGUUUAUUUACUAUUUAAGGUGUGAUUUUUGGGAUUGUUGACAUCGUAGGUACCUACCUGUAAAAUAAUGGAUAUUGGUUUGAUUGAUAUUUACAUUAUUUUACCUACCAGAUGCAACUGACUUACAAACCUACUUUUUUAUUCUUUAGAUUUUUGAGUUGCGCGUUGUUACCGGACUUUAAUUUGCAUAUCAAAAUGUAUUUUCGUUUUUUGAUCAACGGAUGAAUUUAGAAAAAAAUGUUUAUAAGACUUUUUUGCUCUACAUUGUGCCUUCUACCUAUACCUUUAAGGAACGCACUUAUUUCGGGGCACCCUGUAUAUUGCUUCGUUUUAAAAACAUAUAUUGUUCUCGUCAGUUACAAUUUUAUUCAUAAUCAUUACCUCACUAAACUGUAAUCUACGGUCAUAGUUAUCUUCAUUUAAUUCUUGCAACAACUGGAUUUUGUAGAGUUUAAAUGAAUUCUUAUGCCAUACACGCAAGACUGAGAAAUGGCCUACAUCAUGUAUACAGGGUAGCGAGAAAGUAUGGAAACACGGUCAUUUCUCGGAAACCGCUGAAACUAUUUUUAUAAAUGGACAGCUCUGCGUGAGGACGUAUGUGGAUCUUCAAUGGAACUUUGCAUUAAAUCUAAAGUUUUAUUGUAAUUUAUAACAGUUUUUGGUCUAUCUGCUCGAAUGCCAUCUUGUACUCAGCCAGUUUCCUCAAAGCACUUUACAAUUUUUUGUAGCGUAAGCCUUAUGGACUUACGGAUAUAAUGGUUUGCCCUUUUUCAUUUGUUACGUUGGUGCUACGUUGAUAGAUUGCCAUGAUAAUCUUUCAGGGUUGGAAUGUCGAGUUGAAACACUGACUCUAACUUUAUAACUUUAUUUACGGUUUACAACAUCAAUCAACAUAAGGUUACUAAGAUGUUGUUUCGCGGGGUGGUCCUUCAGGACACCCUUCUCGUAGGACGGGUCACUAGCAUAGUAACGAUCUUGAUAAUAAUAAUACUAUAAUGAUAAUGAUAAUCCCUCUGUUUAUUUAUAUCUCCUUAUAAUUUGGACUUUGAAAAGUAAACUAUACGUAAGCCUCUACGAGGUUACAUAAACAAAACUGGGUUAAUCAACCUUCGUUCUGUUUGCCUAUUUAGAAACAAUAUUUUUUGUAACAAUCUAAAUUACUUAAAAUUAUAUACAUUUUUUGAUACAUAUUAUAUUAUACAGUAAGGGGUUUUUCCCUUACUGUACACAUUAAAAACUAUCUUUAUUGUAGAAUGUAGAAUUUUCAAGAACAUAAUUGUGAGCUUUAGCUAUUAAUACAAUUUAUUUUACAAAACUUUUCAAUGAACUUCAAUUGUUAGUUUUAUGAAUUAAUGUCAAAAUGAGAGAAUUCUAUGUUUAUUGAAUUACUAUAAACUAUUUGGCACUGAGAAGUUUUAUUUAUUCAAGACUUUAGUGACUAGAUAAAAUACCAAGUGUUACAUAGUAUUGAAGUGAGGAUUCCAAUAACACAAUACACAGAAUGUUGUAUUUAAAAAACCAAAGUGACUGAUGAGAUCAGAAAAAUGGUAAUCUGGCAACAUUGCAAGCAUGAAAUUUGAAAUCUUCAUAUUGCAGAAUAGGCCCGGUUUUUAUACAAUUCGGACCAUCCAGCGAAGAGACAAUUAGGCGUUUACAAACUUUCGGGCCACCCUGUACAUAUAUUGAUUACCAUACGCCAUACAUUUCAGAUGCGGGGUGUCGUACAGAGUUACAGAGAUAGCGGAGUUAUUCACCCUGUGAACGUUAAUUUUCUUUAGCAUACAUUUAGUCUGCCAUAACUUUGUGUUGUAAUUAAUUUUAUAUAAUGUACAUAUUGAUUUUCUAAAUUAUUGAGUCUGAAAUCUAUACUUUUUUCUAAAUCGUCGUCAACCCUCGUACAGGGUAGGGUGUACGAGGGUCAUUCGUAAAAUAAGAUUCUCUAUGCCGCUGAGAAAGAGUGCGACGUUCUGGAAGAAAUCUGGCAACACUAUCUUACACAUCAACUUUCCCUCUCUCUUACCCCACCACUUUCGCCUCACUGCAUUGGUGCAUUGCUCAGUGUUGGCCUAGCAGCCUUUGAAUAUGGAGGUCACGAUCGCUCUUACCGCCAAUGUGAAAUUCAUGCUGUGAUACGUUUUUUAAAUGCAAAAUGGAUUUCAUGGACUAUUGACAUUCAUCGUCAAUUAUCGAAUAUCUAUUUAACAUGUUCGCAAAUAGAGUAGAGAAUUCAGUGAAGGCUGAAUAGAGAUUUACAAUGAAUCGGAAGGCCUUGUUGAACAGAUAUGCACUUUUACCCGUAAACUACGAUUAGCUGACGAUGAAUGUUAAUAGGUUAAAUCCAUUUUUCAUUUAAAAAACGUAUCAUAGCAUGAAUUUCACAUUGGCGGUAACAAAGACUGGGAAUUCCAUCUUAGAAGGCUUCUAGGGCGACACUGAGCAAGGCGAAGGUGGUAUCUUGAGAGAGAUGGAGAGUUGAUGUCUAAUGCAGGGUUGCCAGAUUUCUCUCAACACGUCGCACACUUUAUUUUUUUAUACGAAUGACUCUAGUGCCUUUUAAUUUGUCUUGAUACAAUUUCAUUGUGACAGCAGGUGUGUGUAAUUGUAUAUUUUUGUAGAGAUUCAUUUCGUGUGUUUAUGCUAUAGAAAAACCAAAGAAAUCUAUACAUGUAUAAAUAGAGAUAUUUGCCAGUGUACAUACUGUUUUUUAUUCUAUGAGCUAUUUUUGAAAAUAGUUAGAAUAUUUUUUUAACAUCCCUUGUUUCAUUUUUGAAUUCUAUUGUGAAGAGGUCAAUUUUAAAUCAAGUUAUUUUGGCAGUUAAACAGUCAAUAAAUUAAGUCAUGACGCCACAAGUGGUGGGCGGAUCUUAUAAUAAAAACUAUAAGCUUAUAAGGCAUAUUUAAUCGUAAAUUUUUCUUUUAUUUGUUAUAAAUUACAUUUUUGUCGUCGAUUUUUAUAGAACAAAAAUUAUAUUUGAGCGUUUAUCUACAAUAAGGUUGUUUUUGGUCUCUUAAAGGCAUUUAAGGUUAUGUCCAUGUCUAUAAUCUGACCUAUGAAGUAUAAAACCACAAAAAUUGUUAUUCUUGAGUUAAAAUCAAAAGACUUACCAGGUGGUAUUGUUUAGUAAAUUUUGGAGCGUCAACAUUCUUCUUUUUAAAAAUGUGUAUAAACAUUUUCAAUUUCUUUGCAACACGAAAAUGCAGCAGCUGCAUAAUACUCAGGUUAAAUCGGAGAGUGCAGGAAGAGUCUAUACCGGUUUCGGAGGUCUUUUCCCCCUCAUCAGUAGUCCCAUAUCCUCUUCUCUCCGAUUCCUCCACGUAUCAUACUUUGGGCCCUUCCGAAUUGCAAAGAAAGAAAUGUCACAGAUGAACUAGAGCUAUCUUCCGAAAAACAAAGUAAGUUAUCCAUCGGAGAGGAUAGGAGAGAAGAGGAUAUGGGACUACUGAUGAGGGGGAAAAGACCUCCGAAACAGGUAUAGACUCUUCCUGCACUCUCCGAUUUAACCAGAGUAUUAUGCAGCUGCUGCAUUAUCGUGUUACAAAGAAAUUGAAAAUGUUUAUACACAUUUUUAAUUCAUUUACUCUUUUGUAGGAGUAUUAAGAAAUCUUUCUUGCUGGAACUUUUACCACGCUGAGCAGAUGAGUUGUGAAUUAUUUAAAAUUCUCUCAUCUUAAUUUCCUCGGCAUCCUGUUUGAUUUAUAAAUUUUGAAAAUCUCAGGAGGUGUAACCAAAGAAAGUAUUCCACCUGUUGUCAAUCUGGUGGUAUGGGAACGAUAUUUAUUGUCGUUUUCUGUGCGACUUCGAUUGAUAACUUACUUUAUUCUUCUUUUUGUUUGGAAAAGCUCAAAAUUGCACCCCCAAUUUGAUUCCAGAAUUCAGAAGCCCUAAUAUACAGUGAGUGGUUCCAGUAUACCGUUACUAUUGUUUUGAAAGAAAUCUCAUAUUGUCGAAGUGUUUUUUACAAAGAAUUCAAUCUUUACUUAGUUUACUGUAUAUUUUAUUUCUUUAUUUGAUCUGAAUUUUACUAUAAUCUAUUGUUUUCAUAAAUAUGAUUAAGGAAUUCCAUGAUAGAACAUUAUGUCAAGUAAAUCUUUUUCUGAUUUGUGUGGAUUCGAAAGACCUACUUUUUACCGAAAGUUACUUUCUACAUUUGUUUUUUUUUAGUCUUCUACUGGGGGUUAUGAUUUAUCAGUUUUCUAUUAAUGAAAAAUGUAUUCUCUGGUUGUUCUUUUUUGUAAUGUCAGAAAGACUGUUUCUUAGUGUCUGUUCGUAGAAAUGCUACAACAGCAGUAAGGUUCUACUGAAGUGGUUACUAAAGUGACAUUUGACAAGUAUAGGAGUGAUAACUGUCAACAAGUCUACCAACGUUAAAUAUCUAAGACGUACACAAGCGUUUUACGAAAAGUAAACAGAACUUGAACAUAUAUCAUAAUGGGAGAAACAGAUAAAGUAAAUGAAGAAAAUUUCACAUUGGAGAUAUCAAUCUUUUAGGGAUGUUCAAAAGAGUUUCAGAAUUUAAAAUCAAUGGGAAAAUCCCAGUAGCUGGCUAUAUACCAUAAUUAAAAAUCAUACAGAAGGAAAAACUUCGUUUGUACAAUGGUAUAAAAAAAGUUAAUUGAAAAUCUAUUAAAAAGUUAUCUAAAAGGAUUCGCAAAACGUUUUCGAUCUAGAUCAGAUCAUCUUCACUGCGUUCUGCUUAGUAGAUGAAACUAGCAACCUUAUAAAAUAGGUAACAUCGAGAAAUAUGAUUUACAUGUUAAUAAUCUGAUAAUAAUAGCGACUCUAAGUCGAUGUUAAAAGAUAAAUUUGUUAAGAGUACUCAAAGGGCAACAUAAUUCCCUGCUCGAUAAGAACAUGUGGUUCUUGCCAGUUCAAUGGACAUAGACCAACAAUGUGUCAUCAGAUUAUUAACAUGUAAAUCAUAUUUCUCGAUGUUACCUAUUUUAUAAGGUUGCUAGUUUCAUCUACUAAGCAGAACGCACUGAAGAUGAUCUGAUCUAGAUCUAAAACGUUUUGCGAAUCCUUUUGGAUGACUUUUUAAUAGUUUUGCAAUAAACUUUUUUUAUACCAUUGUACAAACGAAGUUUUUACUUCUGUAGGAUUUUCAGAAUUUACUUUACCUGGGUGAAAAAUUAGGUGAAAAGGGACAUGAGAAAGGGGAGAUAAUGGCAAGAAUAGUAACAGGAAACAAAAAGAAUAGAGCAUUGCGAUCAUUAGUGAUAUCCAAAUUUGUAUCAAGAAAAACAAAAAUAACAAUCUACAAAACAGAUAUCGGGCCUACAGCUACAUAUGCAUUCGAAAAAUGGAUGCAUAAAAGAUCAGAAAUAGACCUUUUACAAAAAUGAAAGAGAAAAAUACAAAGAGAAAUAUAUGGAGAUGUGAAAAUAGACGGUCAAUGGAGAAGGAAUAAUGAAGAACUUGAACUAUAUAACGAACCAAAAAUAAUGACUAGUCAAAAUACAGAGAAUAGAAGGACAUCUUUAGGACAUAUUAAAAUAAUGGGAAAAGAAAGAACGCCGAAAAUGGUACUAUCACGAAAGCCAAAACAAACAAGAAGAAAAAGUGAUCAGAAAGAGAUGGAAGGACAGCGUAUGUUAAGACUUACAAAUAUUGAGAAUUGGGAACAAAAAUCAUUGAACAGAAAUCAAUGGAGAGAAGUGGUUAAGAAAUGUAUGGAAAGCUUGUAGGAAUUAAAUGUAUUUUAUAUAAAUAAAUGUAAAUAGUAAUGGAAAAUUAAACGUUAUAGCGUAGGCCUUCAAGGCCUUUUGAGCUUGAUCAAUAAUAACCCAUAUAUCAGAAAUAAGAAGAGCUAGAUACGGCUAGUCGGAACAUUUUAAAUGUAUGUGCGAUGAAGAAGGAUUACAGACAAUAGCAAGAUGAGCGAAGACCGUAUGGACGGUUUUGGAGAAGGUGAUUUAACUACAUGGAACGAGAUCUGGUGUCCAAGGCUAGAGGAGGUUUUUAUACACUUUAAGAUGCUGAUACUGUUCAUGUUGUAUUUUCCCCCUCCAGAACACUAUUUAUCGACUUCAUAAAUGAAUAAUUACCAUUGUUUCUAAUAUUGUUCAUACUUCUCCAUUGAAAUCCAUUUUCCUAGCUGCUUUUCAUCAAUUUUUUACGUUUUUAUUGUAGUCUCUAAAUUAAUCUUAUGUGGGGUUCUCUCUUAAUCUGAAUCCGCAAAACAUCGGCAAUGUUGCCACAGCCCUAUAGUAGAGUCUUGAUCUUCUUAAGUUUUUAUUAAGAGACAUUUCCAAAAUAUUAAGGUAUGUUUUCGUUUAUUUUCUUCAAAUUAAACUUUAAUAGACGUUCCGGCUUCCAUGUUGGUAAUCGUAAAAAGUGUAUUUUUUAUAUUUAUAAUUUUCAAAUGAUUCUUAUGCCCACAAAGCAGAAUAUUUGAUUUUAUCAACUCUAUGGGGAGAUGCUUUUGCGGCGGUUCUUUUGUAGUUUUGAUUAAUGUAAUAGUAUUGUGGAAGAUUAUAAAUGGAGUAUUGUGGAAGAUUGCAAAUGGAUUUUAACACGAUUUUUUUAAUGGCUUCAAUAUUCUUUUUAUUAUUAAAACCUAUGCUUAGCAACGUACUAUACACUGUCAAACUCUUUUUGAAUAAAUAUAUUGUUUUUAAAAAACUUUUUAUCGGUUGUACAGUGUUUCUGCGUAAUUUGGAACCAUAUGGGAAACUUUUUUAAUAUCAAUUUUACGAAAAAAAGUUAUUCUUUAUAAAGUGCUCUGCAUAGUCUAAAACCUAAGACGCAAUCAUCAGAUAUCAAAUUUUAUCAACAGUAUACGAGGUAUAUAAAAAAUAUGAAUUUCGCUCAAGAGUAAAGUGCCUUUAUAUUUCACAACAUCAAAAAUUGUAAUGGAGGAAAGCGGUUUGUAAUUAAAAAUUAUGUUAUAAUCUGCAUUUACACUCUUCUAAUUGAAAAAAAAAAAAUUUUUUUGAAAAUUUUCCUCAAAUUACGGACACCCAACAUCAUUUUUAUUUAUGUUAGCUCCGUUAUUAUUAAUUUUACGAAAAAAAGUUAUUCUUUAUAAAACGUUCUGCAUAGUCUAACUAAGAUAAAAUUAUAAGAUAUUAAAUUUUGUCAAUUUUAUACGAGGUAUCAAAAAAUAUGAAUUUCUCUCAAGAGUAAAAUAUGUUUAUUUUUCACAAUAUUGAAAUUUGUUAUUAUAAAAAGUUGUUCAGAAUUAAAAACUAUAUUUCAAUAUGCAAUUGCAUCCUUCUAGUUGAAAUAUUGUGAACUAUAAAGGUAUGUUACUCUUGAGCAAAAUUCAUAUUUUUUGACAUACCUCGUAUAAAAUUGAAAAAAAUUGAUAUCUUAUGAUUGCAUCUUAGUUUUUUGACUAUUCAAAUAUUUUUAUAAAGAAUUUUUUUCGCAAAAUUAAUAAUAACGGAGUUAUCUUACAUAAAAAUGAUGUUGGGUAUCCGUAAUUUGAGGAAAAUGUUCAAACUUUUUUUUUCAAUUAGAAGAGUGUAAAUGCAGAUUAUAACAUAAUUUUUAAUUACAAACAACUUUUCUCAAUGACAAUUUUCGAUAUUGUGAAAUAUGUAUAUACACCGUUCUUAGGCGUCAACGCCCUUCGGUAGGGAUCUAUGGGGGAGUAUCACCGAGCCGCAAGCCCUUAUCCCUUGCCGUACUCCUCCCUCAUAGGUCGAUCAGAUGCCCGCAUAUUCCAGUCUAAGCGCCAGAUUCAUAUUUAGAAUUUUAUACUGACGCGUUAGCCUUUUUGUUUUUCCGAUGGCCUGGCUUGGGCUUGAACUCUCGUACCUCACAGCGAAGUGAAGUGCGGGUCAGCCGCUAGUCGCACUGAGCUAUCCGAUCGACUAUAUAGAUAUCUAUAUUGUGAAAUAUAAAGGCACUUUACUCUUAAGCGAAAUACAUAUUUUUGGACAUACCUCGUAUAUUAUUGAUAAAAUUUGAUAUCUGAUGAUUGCAUCUUAGGUUUUAGACUAUGCAGAGCACUUUAUGAAGAAUAACUUUUUUUCAUAAAAUUGAUAAUAAAAAAGUUUUCCAUAUGGUUUUAAGUUACGCAGACACACUGUAUAUCAAGGAGUAGACACUAAAAAAACCGAUCUAAUUAAAUGAGAUUUUGCCCUCACAUUGUGCGAAAUCUCGUGUUUUAAAUGUCACAAUUAUAAUUUUAUUUGAAAGUGACCUCUGAGAGAAUAUUUUAUAGAAAUUAUAGUUACUUGAACAUGUUGUAGUAGUGCAGGUGGUUGUUUUGAAACUUGAUCCUGUUUCUGGAAAUUAUCGGCUGUUUUUUAGGGCCUGUACACAUGAAGGCGGUAGACGCCGCGUUAAGAGCUCGUUAGAAAAAAGGCACAUGUCCGUCAGUCUUUGUAGGAACGUGAAAUACAAAAUGGAAUAAAUAGAAAUAAAAAUAAUUUUUUGAUAAAUAUACAAUCUCCAUAUAUCUAUGAGUGUAAAAGAUGUACAAUGUUAACAAAAGUGUUAACAAAACUUCUUCUUUAAGGGCCUCUCCCAAUCGGAGGUUAUAUAUUAUCAUCAGUAUCUUUACUCUAUCUACCGCUGCUCUGAAGAGUUAUAGAACUGCUCUUAAACCAGUCCCUUAAAUUCUUCAACAAUGACACUUCCCUUCUUCCUAUACUCAUUCCUCCUCUUAUCUUUCCCUGUAUUAUCAGUCAUAGCAUUUUAUAUCGCUGUUCUCUCAUUACGUGUCCCAGUUAUUGUAACUUUUUUAUUUUUAUUGUGUUUAUUAUUUCGUAAUCUUUGCUCAUUUCUCGCAAUACUUCCGUGUUCGUUUUUUUCUGUGUCCAUGCUAUUUUAAGCAUCCUUCUGUAACACCACAUUUCCCAGCUUUCAAGACCAUUUAAUGCCCAGCUUUCAAGUCCAUAUUUCAGUAUCGAAAAUACGUAGCAUCGUAAAGCUCUUACUCUCAGUUCUAAUCUAAGGCCUUUGUUGAAGAGAACUGUUUUCAUUUUUACAAAUGCAUUUCUUGCUAUAUACAGGGUAUUAGUAAAUAAGUAUGAAAAACUUUAAGGGCUAAUUCUACAUAAAAAAAUAAUGGUAGUAAAAAAAAGUAAAAAAACGUAUGUUCGCAAAUGCUUCGUUUCCGAAAAACAAGGUGUUGAAAUGUUUAUUUCAAACUGCCAAUUUUUUUUAUUACUCUAAGACCGGUUGAGAUAUGGCAAUUACAUUUGAUGGGUUUUAAGAGGUAGUUAUUUCGCAUUUUUUGACAAACAAAUAACAAUUUUGUAUUCAACAUUGGCGCGCCUACGUGUAAUGGUCUGAAUUUUUUAAAGAAAAAAAAAUGGUACGCCACUGAGAUAUUUCAAAUUAAAAAUUAUUUUUGUAUUCCACGUUUAAUUUAUCAAAAGAGCCUUUCUUGUAUUUUUUUCAUAUGUUGCACCGUUUUUAUGCGAAAAAAUAAAACAUCUUUGCGCGUAUUUUUCAUUUCUUAAUACAUUAUCAAGAACUCUCCAAUAUAAUAAUACCAAAGUAGAACAAUAACAGAAAAUAUUACUAAAAAGACUUUAACUAGGUGCAAAGCUACAAUAAAUGUUCAAAAUCACCUCCUUUAAAGAUGACAGAAUAAUUUUAUAUUCACCAUUGGCGCCCGUACAGGUAAUGGUCUGAGUUUUCUAAAGAAAAAAAAUAGUGUGCCACUGAGAUACGUCCAAUUCAAAAUCAUUUUUGAAGUCCUCGUUAAAUUUACGACAAAAAAUCGUUCUUGUCUUUUUGUCAUAUGCGGCGUCGUUUUUAUACAAAAAAAUAAAACAUCUUAACGCUUACAAAUUAUUCGAGGUAGAUUUCAUAUGCAUGGAAUCUUAUUUCAAAUACUUUGUAAACUUUUAAGAUGUUUUAUUUUUUGCAUAAAAAAGGCGCCGCAUAUGAAAAAAAGACAACGAUUUUUUCUCUUUAAUUGAACGAGGAAUCCAAAAAUGAUUUUUAAUUUGACAUAUCUCAGUGGCGUACUAUUUUUUUUCUUUAAAAAAUUCAGACCAUUACCUGUACGGGCGCCAAUGGCGAAUAUAAAAUUAUUCUGUCACCUUUAAAGGAAGUGAUUUUGAACCUUUGUUGUAGCUUUGCACCUAGUUAAGAUCUGUUUAGUAAUAUUUUCUGUUAUUGUUCUACUUUGGUAUUAUUAUAUUGAAGAGUUCUUGAUAAUGUAUUAAGAACUGAAAAAUGCGCGCGAAGAUGUUUUAUUUUUUCGCAUAAAAACGGUGCACCAUAUAUGAAAAAAAUACAAGAAAGGUUAUUUUUCAUAAAUUAAAUGUGGAAUACAAAAAUAAUUUUUAAUUUGAAAUAUCUCAGUGGCGUACCAUUUUUUUCUUUAAAAAAUUCAGACCAUUACCCGUAGGCGUGCCAAUGAUGAAUUGAUGAAUACAAAAUUGUUAUUUGUUUGUCCAAAAAUGCGCAAUAACUACCUCUUAAAACCCACCAAAUAUAAUUUUCAUAUCUCAACCAGUCUUAGAGCAAUAAAAAAAUUGGCAGUUUGAAAUAAAAAUGAACACCCUGUAUCUCGGAAACGAAGCAUUUGCGGACAUACGUUUAUAGAACAAACUGGCAUUAUUUUUUCAUGCAGAAUUACCCCUUAAAGUUUUUCAUACUUAUUUACUAACAGCCUGUAUAUCCUGGCCCUUAUUUAUGUUGUAUUUGUAUUUAUCAAACCUUGCUAUCCUUGUUUGUUUGUUUGUGUAUUUGUUUUUUUUUCUUCUGUUUAACAAGUUCUUCAACUAUGGAGUUUUUAUUCAUCCUGAACAUAUAUAGUUUUGUAUCAAAAUUUUCGACUUCCAUUGUAGACAGAUCACUUUUCAAUAUAGCACAGGGAUGUCAAUAGCACAAAUGCGCGCGCUUGUCUGUGAACAUAUGUACUGUGUCUGUGAACAUGUGAACUAGAAGCGCGCUGCAAACGCAGCGUUUAAAGUGUAUUCAUUCUAUAUGCGACACGAUACCAUUUGUUUCUUUGAAACUUGGAACGCGGCGUUUAGCAAACUCAGCGUCUAGCGCGCUCAUGUGUACAGGAUCUUACCCCAACCAACGGUUGGAUACUACUUUUGGGAGACUAAAUAUUAAUUUAUUAAAAUAUCGUGUUAUUUUUACACCUACUUAUUUAUUUGAUAAGUAAUUAAUUCUAGUAAUUGAAUUUAGGAAAUCUUUUGUGACUAGUAGUUUUCACUAAUAUACCAAAGCUUGAUAUUUUCUUAACCAUGUGAGUUUUCGGAUUUUUUUGUAUUGGCAUUUAAAGUUAAAAUUAAACUACACAGAUGUUAACAGUUAAGCUGUACUAACAGGAGCCAAAUAAACGUUUUUAUCAUUAAA